AUGGAGGAGAUCAAUAGAAUUUCAGCCCAGCUGGACCGUGCUUCCAAAAACAUGUCUGAACAGUUCGACCAAGUGAUGGAUAUUUUUAAAGGAGGCGAGGCCGCGAGAGAUAAUCGGCUGGCCAUUUCGAGAUCAGCUCGGGCCCAAAAUGAUGAUACAAAGAAACUAAAUCGAGAGCGGGUGCUCAAAGAUCCAUCGUUGCCCCUUUUGCCCCUGGUCGAUAUCAGGACAGGAAAAGAAAUUCCAUCCUUCCCCCAUGACUUAAAGGCUCUAAAUGAGCUCGACGGCAAGUUCGAUAGCAAUAUAUUCAAGCCACCAUAUACUGAUUUUUCGAUUCUAGGACGAGAAAUGCUUCGAAUCAUCGGAGCUCUCGAUGUUGAAAGACUUGGGAUCGAUGAUACCUCACUUCGAAAGACGCUCCGACAGGCCAUCAUGUGA